AUGGCUACCAGCGUGCCUCGACCGGGCCCGGCCAACCUCGGGCCCAAUUCAGGCCUCGAUGAGUGGCUUGAGGAGGCCAAGCAGUGCCAUUACCUGCCGGAGCGUGUGAUGAAAGAGCUAUGCGAGAAGGUCAAAGAGAUCCUCAUGGAAGAGUCGAACAUCCAGCCUGUUUGUACCCCCGUCACCGUCUGUGGUGACAUCCAUGGCCAAUUCUACGAUCUGCUCGAGCUCUUCCGCGUCGCGGGCGGCAUGCCUGGCGAGACCAACCUCCACGCUCCCAAGACCGCCACAACCGUCAUAUCGCCCGAAGAUAUCGAGCCCCCAACCGAGAUCACGAACCCAAAGCUCCGGAAGAAGCUGCGAUCCUCCGAGGGGCCCAGCGGCGGUGAAGCGGAUGAGGGGGACGCCGAGCCAGAGGCCAGCACGGGUGCUGACGCUGCCGCCGAUCGUCCGGUGUCUGCAGACUCCGGUGUCGCGGUGCCUACGUCUCAAAGCGCGGAGACUAGAUUCAUCUUCCUCGGGGAUUUCGUUGACAGAGGAUAUUUCAGCUUGGAGACGUUCACACUUCUCAUGUGCCUAAAAGCAAAAUACCCCGAUCGGAUUGUGCUGGUACGAGGGAACCACGAGUCUCGUCAGAUCACCCAGGUGUACGGAUUCUACGAGGAAUGCCAGCAAAAGUACGGCAACGCAUCAGUCUGGAAGGCCUGCUGCCACGUGUUUGACUUUCUGGUCUUGGCAGCCAUCGUGGAUGGGGAGGUUUUAUGUGUUCACGGUGGCCUGAGCCCCGAGAUCAGGACGAUUGAUCAGAUUCGUGUCGUAGCAAGAGCGCAAGAGAUUCCUCAUGAGGGUGCAUUCUGUGAUCUUGUUUGGUCGGAUCCUGACGAGGUCGAAACCUGGGCCAUCAGUCCCCGCGGCGCUGGCUGGCUGUUUGGCGACAAGGUUGCCAACGAGUUUAACCAUGUCAACGGUCUGAAGCUCAUUGCCCGUGCCCACCAGCUUGUAAACGAAGGGUACAAGUAUCACUUCCCAGAGAGCUCUGUUGUUACAGUGUGGUCAGCGCCAAACUACUGCUACCGCUGCGGCAACGUCGCUUCCAUCAUGUCGGUGGACAAGGAUUUGACCCCAAGGUUCAGCAUCUUUUCUGCAGUGCCAGAUGACCAGAGACACCUUCCGGCCAACAGAAGGGGUCCUAGCGACUAUUUCCUCUGA